CCGUGUCGUGGCUCACUCGUGUGUUCAGUUUAGUUUGUGUUGCGGUGCUACCCAAAAAUAAUAACAAAAUAAAAACAAAACAAUAAAACAACAACAACAACAAGCACAACACAACAAUUAUAGAAGCGCAAUUGUUGCUAUUGGAAUUUAUGCAUGUGCUAUUAAGCGCAAAUAACGAAAACAACGAAAAUAAAUUGUGUAAAAAUUUGUGCAUUACGAUAACGCAAAAGUCUUAAAGACUUUUCGGUUUUGUGCUUGUGUGCAUGGAGUGGACAUGGUUCAAGGACUGGUGGCGUCUCAAAAAGUUGCGUUCGCGCCAUCAGCGACACAAAAAGAAACUCGAAGCAGCUGCUGCUGCUGCUGCUGCUGCAGCCAGCAGCAACAACGAUGCCACAAACGAGCAGCCAGAGCAGCAAAAUUCAUUGGCCAUCGGCAAGGAGGAGCGUCGCCAUAGUUUGGAUGCGCAUACGCCGAGUAGACGGCGAGGACGUGAUCGUCAAGUUCGCAAUCGGUUGAGACAACGACGCGCGCAAAGUGUCGAUGCCAAGGAACAAUUGGGGAGAAGAGUGUCAGGGGAGGAUCAAGAGCAGCAAGAGGAGGAGGAGGAUGAUGGCGAGUAUGGGCCAUUCAAUGUUAGCGAUUAUAUGGAUUAUGAUUAUCGCAAUGCCAACGGCGACGGCAACCGCGACGGCGACGACGAUGAGAGCGACGAUUUUUGCUUCUGUGACGAGUGUCUCAAUGGUGACACGGACUUUGGCGAUAGCAAUGACGGCAUGGAUUCGGAUACGAGCACAUCGUCCAGCAACAGCAAACAAGUCGUUGUUGGCAUCUGUGCGAUGGCCAAAAAGACACAAUCGAAGCCAAUGAAGGAGAUCCUCACACGACUUGGCGAAUUCGAAUUCAUCAAACUGGUGACAUUCGAGGAGAAUGUGAUAUUGCGUGAACCGGUUCAAAAUUGGCCCAUCUGCGAUUGUCUCGUCUCGUUCCACUCGAAGGGAUUCCCCUUGGAGAAGGCCAUCGAGUAUGCGCAGCUUCGCAAUCCGUUUGUGUUGAACAAUCUGCAUAUGCAGUACGAUAUUCAGGACAGAAGACGCGUCUAUGCCAUACUGGAGAAGGAGGGCAUUGAGAUACCUCGCUAUGCAGUCCUCGAUCGUGAUUCACCCGAUCCCAAGCAUCAUGAACUCAUCGAGUCGGAGGAUCAUGUGGAGGUCAAUGGCAUCACGUUCAAUAAGCCAUUUGUGGAGAAACCCGUUUCGGCCGAGGAUCACAAUAUCUACAUCUAUUAUCCAACAUCCGCCGGAGGCGGAAGUCAGCGUUUGUUCCGCAAAAUCGGUAGUCGGAGUAGCGUCUAUUCGCCGGAGUCGCGGGUACGCAAAACGGGCUCGUUCAUCUAUGAGGACUUUAUGCCCACCGAUGUAUACUUUUCAGGCACGGACGUCAAGGUCUACACCGUGGGACCCGAUUACGCACACGCCGAGGCUCGCAAGAGUCCCGCUCUGGAUGGCAAGGUGGAACGCGACAGCGAGGGCAAAGAGAUACGCUAUCCGGUCAUACUCAAUCACUCGGAGAAGCUGAUAUCGCGCAAAGUGUGCUUAGCAUUUAAGCAAACCGUUUGCGGCUUCGAUUUGCUGCGUGCCAAUGGCAAGAGUUAUGUCUGCGAUGUGAAUGGCUUCAGUUUUGUGAAGAACUCGAACAAGUAUUACGAUGAUUGCGCCAAGAUCUUGGGCAAUAUGAUACUCCGCGAAUUGACACCGACAUUGCACAUUCCGUGGUCGGUGCCAUUCCAGCUCGAUGAUCCGCCCAUUGUGCCAACCACCUUUGGCAAAAUGAUGGAGCUGCGUUGCGUUGUCGCCGUCAUCCGGCAUGGCGAUCGCACGCCCAAGCAGAAGAUGAAGGUUGAGGUGCGACAUCCCAAAUUCUUCGAAAUCUUUGAGAAAUACGAUGGCUACAAGCUCGGCCACGUGAAGCUGAAGCGACCAAAGCAACUGCAGGAGAUACUCGACAUAGCGCGUUUCCUGCUCAGCGAGAUCCAUACGAAGGCGCAUGCUGAGAUCGAGGAGAAGGAGAGCAAGCUGGAGCAGCUGAAGAAUGUGCUCGAGAUGUAUGGACACUUUUCGGGAAUCAAUCGCAAGGUGCAAAUGAAAUAUCAGCCAAAGGGGCGACCACGUGGCUCCAGCUCCGAUGAUGUUGAGACGCCAGCGGAGCCAUCGCUCGUCCUCAUCCUCAAGUGGGGCGGCGAAUUGACGCCGGCGGGUCGCAUCCAGGCCGAGGAACUGGGUCGCAUCUUUCGCUGCAUGUAUCCGGGCGGUCAAGGACGCUCCGAUUAUUCGGGCACCCAAGGCUUGGGACUGCUGCGUUUGCACUCGACGUUUCGACACGACCUUAAGAUUUAUGCGUCGGACGAGGGCCGAGUGCAAAUGACAGCCGCUGCCUUUGCCAAGGGUUUGCUCGCCUUGGAGGGCGAAUUGACCCCCAUUCUGGUGCAGAUGGUCAAGAGCGCCAACACGAAUGGACUGCUGGACAACGAUUGCGAUUCCAGCAAGUAUCAAAAUCUUGCCAAGGGUCGCCUGCAUGAACUGAUGCAGAACGAUCGCGAGUUUACGCCGGAGGAUCGCGAGCUGAUCAAUCCGUGCAAAAGCAAAUCGAUAACCCAGGCGCUGGACUUUGUGAAGAACCCGGUGGACUGUUGCCAUCAUGUGCAUCUGUUGAUACGCGAGCUGCUGCACAUAAUUAGCAUUAAAAAGGACGAUCCGAAGACCAAGGAUGCGAUAUUGUAUCACGGCGAGACAUGGGAUCUGAUGCGAUGCCGUUGGGAGAAGAUCGAAAAGGAUUUCAGCACAAAAUCAAAACUGUUCGAUAUCUCGAAGAUACCCGAUAUCUAUGAUUGCAUCAAAUACGAUCUGCAGCACAAUCAGCAUACGCUGCAAUACGAUCAGGCCGAGGAGCUCUAUAUCUAUGCGAAGAAUCUGGCCGAUAUUGUUAUACCCCAGGAGUACGGUCUAACGCCACAGGAGAAACUGGCCAUUGGCCAGGGCAUUUGUUCGCCGCUGUUGCGCAAAAUCAAAGGCGAUCUGCAGCGCAACAUCGAUGAGGUCGAGGAUGAGUUCAUGAAUCGCUUGAAUCCGCAUUACAGUCACGGCGUCGCCAGUCCGCAGCGUCAUGUGCGCACUCGUCUCUACUUCACCAGCGAAUCGCAUGUGCAUUCGCUGUUGACGGUGCUGCGCUAUGGGGGAUUGUUGAAUGUGGUCACCGAUGAGCAGUGGCGUCGGGCCAUGGACUACAUCUCGAUGGUGUCGGAGCUGAAUUAUAUGUCACAGAUUGUCAUAAUGCUGUACGAGGAUCCCACCAAGGAUCCCAGCUCCGAGGAGCGCUUCCAUGUCGAGCUCCACUUCAGUCCGGGCGUCAAUUGUUGUGUGCAAAAGAAUCUGCCACCGGGACCGGGCUUUCGGCCCCAUUCGCAUGGCGACAACUCGUGCAGCGUCAGCUUGCAGUCCAGCGACGAGACGAAUCCGUCGCGCAUCGAGGAGGAGAACGAUUAUGGGUCGAACGAUGAGCAGCAGAGCAAGAAACGCGCCUGCAAUCAACGGAAUUCGUCGGGCAACUCGUUUGGCUUCAAUCGCUUGGAGUUGCGCAGCAAACAGCUCAAAUCGAAACCAAUUCCAAUUGGUGCUCAUCACACGGUUAGUGGCCAUGAGGCAAUGGAUUUGGCCAAGCGCCUCAACGAGGAACUUGCCUCGCAGCAGCAACAGCAACUGCAACUGCAACAGAAUAACCAACAGCUGCAACAUCAUCAGCAUCAACAGCAACAUCAACAGCAGCAACAGUCAUCGCAAUUGCGUCCCAUCAGUCCGGAUAUGCGUUCUGUGAGUCCGGAUUGUGAGCCGCGUUCGCGGAGCUUUGAGCAGCGUGGAUCACCGUCGGCCAAUCGGGGCAAGGAGGCGGCGACGGCGGCCACAACCUUCGAUGAGAUAGCCAAUGCGCGUGUGGGCGUGGGCGUGGGCGUGGCAAGGGGCAAGAGGGGCGGCAUCGAUAGCAGCAGUCAACGCGCCUCGCUCCAAAUACGCGUCACCGAUCGCUUGUCCUUCUUCAAAAUCGAUUCGUCCACCAACGAGUUGCCACUGUCCGACAUUGAUUUCUCCCUCACCCCCGGCACACCCGGACAAUGUGCCACAGCAAGUGGCUCACCGUUGGCGCAAUGUGGCACGGCACGUUCAUCGACGGGUCACAAGCGUCACACGAUGUUGAGCAUGCGUCGCAUGAUCAGCGGUGAGGAGGGUGAAUUUGAGGGUUUGCCACCGUUGCAACAGUUGCAACAAAUCUCACCGAUGGCCACGAACGAGCGACCAUUGAGCUGCAAUUGCAGCAACAGUUUGUCCUUUCCGCUGGCCACUGCGCAUGCGCACUCCAAGAGUCUCAUGCAGCUGACGCCGCCGCCAGCGACAACAACAACAUCAACAACAACAGUUGAAGUUUCCUCUUCGGUCAAUCGCAGUUCAGCGAUUGCUGUGCGCAUGGCGAGCAGUUUCGAUGAUGAUUUUCAGCUGUCAAGCUCAGCGCCCGCGUUGCUGUUGAGCGGCGAGUUCGGUCAGCGUUCGACGUCGUUCAACAACAACAGCAACAGCAACCGGGAGCAACCACGCACGUUGCAACCACAAAAUAAGAGCAGCAACAGUGCGAACAAUUCGCCCACAGCGUCAACGCUGCGGCUGUGCAUGGACAUGGAGACGCGUCAGCUGGAGCGUGGACAGCAGCGCAAGGCGACAAGUCAUUCGUGUGGCCAGCUAUCGAUAGCGAUUGCCGGCACGUCAUCGUUAUCGGCGCCGGUGCAAUGCGAGAAUCCGUUUCGCUUUGGUUUCGCAUCAUCAUCAUCAGCAGCGACAGCAACUUGUGUGGCUGCAGCUGCAACUGUUGCUGCUGGCAACACAUUUGUCAGCUGUUUUGCUCCAAUAGCAGAACAUGUGCCAGCCACGCCCACGCCGGUAGCGACGCCCACAUUGGUGUACAACAUACCGACAGUGUUGAUAACAGCAACAGCCGCAACAGUGACGAGCAAUGCGGCAGCGAGUGCAGCAAUUGCAACUGAGACAACUGACACAACGGACAGCAACAGCACGGCAACAACAGCAGCAACAGCAACCACAACAACAACAAUUGUAGCUUUGUCUUCUAUCACAACAACAAUCACAACAACAGCAACAGCAAUGUCUCCUAAUCAACCUUGUACUAACCAAUUCAAACCAAUUGAUCCUUCCUCAAUUGACGCACAACAACAACCACAACACGAUAUCAUCGACAACAACAUUAUACAAACGAACAAUACGAAUACCAAAACAACAAACACUACUAUGAACAACAACAACAAUUACUACAACAACAACAUCACAACAACAACGACAACAACAACAACCACAACCCCGUCUUGUUGUUGUACCAAUACAAUCGCCACAGAUAGCAACGUUUCGGUGUCGGUAUCGGCAUCGGUAGUAUCAUCAUCGGCCAAUUCGUCCACAUCGUCGCGUCGCCAAAGACACAGUAUUGCCGGCCAGAUGUCCUAUAUGAAAAUGUUGGGUUUCGGUGGUUUUAGCAAAAAGAUGGCGACCAGCGCGAAUAGCCUUUUCAGCACAGCGGUCAUCAGCGGCAGCUCAUCGGCGCCCAAUCUACGCGACAUGAUACCGGUAUCAUCAUCCGGAUUCGGUGAUGUGCCGCCGAUACGACCACUGGAGACUCUGCACAACGCGCUGUCGCUGCGCAAGCUGGACAGCUUUCUGCAGGACAUGAUCCUUGCGCAGAUCUUUAAGACGCCGACGGGCUCACCGCCACGCGUCCACGAUGCCACUGGCGCCAAUGCAUCCUCAUCGCUGGCCACAACAACGAGCAACACACCAUCCGUCGACAACAUGACUGCUGUCUCCUCAAUGAUUGUGCGUCACGAUCAGCAUCAGCAUCAGCAGCAGCAUCAACAAGUUGCAGGUCCUCGUGCAGAGUUGCAAACGACAGGCGGCAGUGAGACGCAUGCCACACGUCGCAAGAUGGUCUCUGUGUGUGAGCAUGCCAUGGAAGAGAAUGUCCACGAAGUGAAACUGGAGGAUGAAGUGCAGAAGUUGCAACAGCAACAGCAACAGCAAUCGUCGAAGAAAGAGCGUAAGUUGCAAAAGCUUUGGCAAGUGCAACAGGAUUACGAUGAGGACAACGACGAUGAACCGCUCGAGAAUGCAGCUAAACUAAGCAGCCUUGCCGUCGACAUUGUCAUGAUCGAGGAGGCGGAUGUGGAUGAGCAGCGCACAGCGUUUGAGCCCAUGAAUCAGGAUACGUUGCAAACGGAUGCAUCUGCUGUGGCUCCCAAUGCCAACGCCAACAUCUUUCUCAGCGUCUGCGAUGAGCCAGAGCCCACAAGCAGCGCUUGCCUCACGCCCGUCAGCUGUGGCAUGGAUCUCGAUCUCGAUCUGAGCAUGGUGGCCAACAAGGGCUCCAUGACGCUGUCCGUGGAUGGCUUCGAUGACGAUGAGGAGGCGACUCUGUCGGCGGCAACGACGCCCUCGCUGCCACCGGAUGCAACGGAGCCGAAGCUGGAGAUGUGCUACUGCUGUCCGACGCACGCCGAACAACCACCGGAGGUGGCCAGCGAUGAUCCCAAAUACUGCUUUGCGCUGCCCGUGCACAUCACCCAAGCAUCGCCUGAGCACACACGGCCGAGUGUGCGACGCGCCCACGAUCCGAUCUCGCCACGGAUGCAAAAGCAGAUCAGCUUGUUCGAAUGCGGGGCAGGCGGUGGGGCAGAAGCGUUGCGUGCCUCAAUCAAUUUGCCAGCGGCAGCGCAGCAGCUGCGACAGGAUGCGCGUUUACGUAAAUUCGAGAAUCUCACGCAGUCGACGUCGAAUUCGAAUUUCCCCUUCGAGAGUAAUACACUGAAGCGUGUGCCGUUGGUCAGCACCAAGGAUGACUAUGCGAAUGUGUCGCACACACAGAGUUGCAUCAAUCUGAAGAGCAGCGGUGCUGGUUCCGGUUCCGGAUCACUAGGCUACGGUUCACCGCAGCAUCAACGCGAGAGCAACAAGGAUAAGGAUAAGGAUAAGGAUAAAGAACGUUUGCCCACAACGCUGGCAAACACACCGAACUACAAUCGUUUGCCCAAUGCUUUGUCCGUUUGCUGUUCGCUGGAUAUCGAUGCUGGCUGCAGCAGCACAUCAACUUCAACAGCAGGUGGAGGCGGAGGUGGAGGCGGAGGAGCUGCUCCCACACAAACUGUGUCAUCUGCUUCAUCUGCUUCACCUGCUGCACCGCAUCCUGGCGCACUCAUUGUGAAGGAGCGUUUCAUUGAGCCACCGAAGCGUGGCAUUGUGCGUGGCUAUCAUGGGAAAACGCAAUCGAUGGAUGCCGAUUUUCUGUUCAACGAGUUUCUAUUGCUGCCGGCCAUGGCGCCGCAGCUGGACGAUGAUCUCGAUGUGGAGCAGAUGGAACAAUCCACGGAUGCUGCGUUGCCAUCGCCCAAAUAAAUGUUGUUUAAUCUAUCCCUAAUAACACGUAUACGGUUACUAAACAAACUCAAUAUGUACAUUUCUUAUUGAAAUCUGUCUUAAGCUCAUCACUUGCAAACAAUUUCCUCGUUGUUGUUUUCUGAAAUAAAGAUCUCUAUUUUUCUGUCUUAUGCAAAAGU